AUUUAUGAAUAUUUCCAAAAUUUAAAAUGUAAUAUUAAGAUGUACUGUGCUCUAUAUUAUUUCAGAUGGAUUAAAUUUCCAGUGUGUAUGCUGGACUCAUCUGGACUUCAUGGAAAAUCAUAAAAAUGUCACAGAAUUUGUUUUCAUGGGACUGUGGGGAAAUAGGCAAAUAGAACUACUGUUCUCUUUCUUAUUCCUGCUUUGUUAUCUGGCUGUCUUGAUGGGGAACUUCGUCAUUUUCCUCACAAUCACCCGCAGCCAUCUCAUCGAACAGCCUAUGUACUAUUUUCUCUGCCACCUUUCCCUCAUGGACGUCUGCUACACCUCUACUGUGGUCCCCCGGCUAAUCAGGGACUUAGCUGCAGUAAGAAAACACAUUUCCUACAACGACUGCAUGACCCAGCUCUUCACUGCCCACUUGCUGGCUGGUGUGGAAAUUUUCAUCUUGGUGUCUAUGGCCUUAGACCGCUAUGUUGCCAUUGUCAAGCCCUUGCACUACAUGAUCAUCAUGAACCGGAAGAGAUGCAACAUGCUGCUAGCCAUGGCUUGGGUUGUGGGGUUUUGGCACUCUAUUGCUCUGCUGCUCAUGGUGCUCAGUUUACCUUUCUGUGGUCCUAAUCAGAUAAAUCACUACUUAUGCGAUGUAAAGCCUCUCUUGAAAUUGGUCUGCAAAGAUAUUCACGUUGUUAGUAUCUUAGUGAUUGCUAAUUCAGGGAUGGUGGUAGUUGUCAUUUUUCUGGUUUUAGUAGCUUCUUACGUUCUCAUUUUAUAUAAUCUUAGGACAAGGUCCUCUGCAGGGCGUCGCAAAGCUCUGUCAACCUGUAGUUCUCACAUAAUGGUUGUAGUUUUAUUUUUUGUGCCCUGCAUCUAUACCUAUGUACUACCUGCAGGUAGUGAGAACAAGGACAAGGAAAUCUCUGUGUUUUACACUGUGAUUGCUCCCAUGCUAAAUCCUCUCAUCUACACCCUGAGAAAUACGGAGAUGAAACUUGCCAUGGGGAAGGUAUGGUCUCGAUUGUCAAAUUCAGAAUUAAAGUAGAUAAGGCGAUAUUCACUGUGCUUUUAAUUGCAUCUCUCCCAGUAAGUUAUCAUUUAAAAACUAACAGAAGCAUUGUAAACUUCCUUUGGGAGUUGGACUAAAUUACCUCUUACGUAAAAUGAGAAAAGAUGCAAGUUGGCAAGCUACUUUGGUUCACAUUGCAAUCUGCACUUACCACAGUUGUGACCACCUGGACUUCAAGUGUGCAAGAAAUGUUCUUCUAAAGUACAUAUUUGAUGCGGUCAAUUAACUUGCUAAGAAGAAUUACACAAAAUUCAAUUUCUCUUGGAAUAAAAUACAGGUUUCUCACUCGUUAAUCAGAAAUCUCUCUUUUGCAAUGAAAUGGAUACAACUGGAAACUAUACUUAGGGAAAUAAACCAGUCCCCAAGAGAUAAAUACCAUUUGUUCUCCCUGAUGUGUGGUGACUAAUAGAGUACCUGAAAGGUAAUCUAUAGGAGUGAAGCUGAAACUUUGAGAUGUGAUGAUCUUUAACAGUAAUUGUCUUGACUGUUGAUGAACAGUUUUUUUUUUCAUACUGUUUGUUGAACUCUUAGUUUAGGGUAAACCUUAUGAGUAUAAAGUGAACUGAAAAUAGUUCUUUGUAAAAAUUAAGAGUAGGAACAGUAGAGGAAGGGAGAAGCAGGGUGGGAACAUGGGCAG